AUGGGCACCACAGCCAGACUUUCGGCUAAAUGUUCUGAUCCUUCACACAAACCUGGGAAUAUUGGGGGCUAUAACAAUCUAUAUGAAAGUGUUGUGAAGUUGAACUCAAUGUACUUCAAGGGAGAGAGAUGCAAAAAUCUGUUACUCAAUACAUGGAGUUCAGCAGAACAGCAUUGUCAAAAACUGAAGAUUAAUAUUGAUGAUACAGAGCCCAUUAAGUACUUCAUUUGUAGUUACGAAUGCUUUGAAAAAUCUUUUAACAGAGACCGAGCUGCUUACUUCAGCACCGACAGUACUGUAUAUUGCAAAACUUGGAAAACUUUACUAAACAAGGCAACAGAAUAUAUUGAUGGCACAAGCCUGGGAAACGAAGGUGUUUUUGUUACCAAAACCUCAUCUUUUGUUAUUAGCGAUGAUCUACAUGUGAUUCCUAACAAUCCUACUUCAACACUUGGAAUACUAGAAAGUAGCGGAAUUGAAAAUUUUGCAGCUCUUGAAGAGAAGGAUUUCAAACUUGGCUCCUAUGAGAAGUCGACUAACAGGAUUUUGCUGGCUCAUUGUUCUUCUGACUUUAUAGACUUCCUGUUCAGCUGCCUCACCAUUCCUUUAGGAAAAGUCCUCAGUCUGCUGACUAAAAAUCAAGAGUCAACACUGAGUAUUGAAAACAUGCAUCAGAGUGUAUUAAAUGUUCAUGAAUAUCUAAGAUCUCAGCAAGUGAAAGAUAUGCUGCUUAAUCCUAAAUUAGUUAUGUAUUAUCUUGGUUCAAGUCAUAUAUUCCCUCUUGACAAAGAACCAGAUACAAACAUGAUUCUGAACAGAAGAUUCGGUUUUGUAGACCGUUACUAUCUGUCUAAUUCCAAAUCUUGUUAUUCGAGUAAAGAAUGGACAGAUGUCAGUCCCAAGCAUGAAGGAUAUGUGAGAGGGCCAGCGAAGUUCAUGGUGACAGAUGACUUGUUUGUUUCUCCAUUAUCAUCAAUGUCUUGUUUUAAAUAUCUCGACAGUCUGAAAGUGCCUCCGAAAGAUAUUGAAGAACAGGUGAUCAACAUUGGCAUGAAAGAGGCUUUACAAUUGCUGAGGGCAUCUCUGACAUCUACAUCAGUUUUAAGCUAG